CCCUCGCUUUAGAGUCUUUGUCCUGCACAGUUCUCUACCACCACCAUGUCGACCGCCGUUACUCAGCCCGUCGAUGUCAGGUCUCUCUCUCCCGAUGAAUACGACGAGAGCAAGCUCCCCGAGUAUGAGCCCAUGCCCUGGACUCUCUCUCAAAUCAAAGAUGCCAUCCCCGCCCGUCUCUUCGUUCGCGACACGCCCAGGAGUUUGAUGUACCUGGUUCGCGACUUGAUCCUGGCUGCCGCCUGGUGGAAGGCCGCGCUGUACAUCGACCCUUACUUCAAGAGCCAAGCCGUCACCGAUGUGAUCACCCCCGUCGGCGGCGAGGUCGCUCGUUGGGCCUCUUGGUUGGCAUACUGGUGGGUCCAAGGUUUGACCUUCACUGGUAUUUGGGUCGUCGGUCACGAGUGUGGUCAUGGCGCUUUCUCCGCCAACAAGCAUAUCAACAAUGUCAUUGGUUUCAUCACGCACACCUUCCUUUGGACUCCGUUCUUCAGUUGGAGGAUCUCGCACCAUCGCCACCACAGCAACCAUGCGUCCAUGGAGCGUGACGAGGUUUACGUUCCCAAGACCCGCACUGACCUCGGCAUCCCUCUCAAGGAGAACAGCAAGAUUGACUGGGAAGAGCACUUUGGUGACACUCCGAUCUACACGCUCUACAUGCUCCUUCGGCAGCAAUUCCUCGCGUUCCCGGCCUAUCUUUUGUUCAACGUAUCGGGCCAGAAGACCUACCCGAAAUGGACCAACCACUUUGAUCCCAACUCCAUUCUCUUCACCAAGGAACAGCGCAACUCGGUCAUCCUCUCUAACAUCGGCAUCAUUUCGAUGAUCCUUGGCGUCCAGUACUCCUGCUUGAAGUGGGGCUCCUCCGAGGUCGUCAAGUACUACGGCCUCCCCUGGCUUCUCGUCAGCCACUGGUUCAUCAUGAUCACUUACCUCCACCACACCGACACCUCCCUCCCUCACUACCGCAACAAAGAGUGGAACUACCAGCGCGGCGCUGCAGCUACCGUCGACCGACCCUUCCUCGGCUGGUGGGGCCGCUUCUUCUUACACGACGUCGCGCACUACCACGUCAUCCACCACUUCUUCCCCAAGAUGCCCUGGUACCACGGUGAGGAGGCGACCAAGUACUUGAAGGAGUUCAUCGGCGAGCACUACGCCUGGUCUGACGAGCCCGUCUUCCAAUCGCUCUGGAGGAACUACAACGAGUGCCAGUUCGUUGAGGAUGAGGGUGAUGUCUUGUUCUACCGCAACAAGCAGGGCCGUGCCUACCGCCAGCCCACUGCUCGCUACCGGGUCAACGCCGCCAAGUCCGAUUAAAUGUUUUGUUUUUCUGUCAUGUAUCACGCACUCGGAAUGCGGAUCGCAGAUCAUGUAUCUUUAGAGUGAUUCUGUGCUCUGCCGGUUUGGGCAUCCCUGUUUGAUUGUACACUGUCGUUUAGAUAUGCAUGUUGUUAGUUCUCGCAAUACGAAGUCAUGAAACCUGUUUGUCU